UGAGCCCGGAUAUUGUAUUAUUAUAAAUACAGUAUCUAAUUGUAUUCGUAGUAAUACCCAAAGGUGUGUGGCGAACCAUUUUCUCUGCCUGCCCAGGCUGUGUGCAUCCCUCCCCAACCCCAAACAGCUAUUCUUAGAGUAUCCUCUGCAUUUACAAGGCUGUGAAUCAUAUGUAUUUUCCUGGCUAAAUCCGGUUUCUUCUCUAUGUUGUUGUUAUGCCACAAUAGUUCGAUUUUCUGUUUGAAUUCUAGGACAGCUGUGGGAAGAGGCCGAGCUUGGCUGUAUCUUGCGCUCAUGCAAAAGAAACUGGCAGAUUAUCUGAAAGUACUUAUAGACAAUAAACAUCUCUUAAGUGAGUUCUAUGAGCCUGAGGCUUUAAUGAUGGAGGAAGAAGGGAUGGUGAUUGUCGGUCUGCUGGUGGGACUCAAUGUUCUCGAUGCCAAUCUCUGCCUAAAAGGAGAAGACUUGGAUUCUCAGGUUGGAGUAAUAGAUUUUUCCCUAUACCUUAAGGAUGUGCAGGAUCUUGAUGGUGGCAAGGAGCAUGAAAGAAUUACUGAUGUCCUUGAUCAAAAAAAUUAUGUGGAAGAACUUAACCGGCACUUGAGCUGCACAGUUGGGGAUCUUCAAACCAAGAUAGAUGGCUUGGAAAAGACUAAUUCAAAGCUUCAAGAAGAGCUUUCAGCUGCAACAGACCGAAUUUGUUCACUUCAAGAAGAACAGCAGCAGUUAAGAGAACAAAAUGAAUUAAUUCGAGAAAGAAGUGAAAAGAGUGUAGAGAUAACAAAACAGGAUACCAAAGUUGAGCUGGAGACUUACAAGCAAACCCGGCAAGGUCUGGAUGAAAUGUAUAGUGAUGUGUGGAAGCAGCUAAAGGAGGAGAAGAAAGUCCGGUUGGAACUGGAAAAAGAACUGGAGUUACAAAUUGGAAUGAAAACCGAAAUGGAAAUUGCAAUGAAGUUACUGGAAAAGGACACCCACGAGAAGCAGGACACGCUAGUUGCCCUCCGCCAGCAGCUGGAAGAAGUCAAAGCGAUUAAUUUACAGAUGUUUCACAAAGCUCAGAAUGCAGAGAGCAGUCUGCAACAGAAGAAUGAAGCCAUCACUUCCUUUGAGGGAAAAACCAACCAAGUGAUGUCCAGCAUGAAACAAAUGGAAGAGAGGUUGCAGCACUCAGAGCGGGCAAGGCAGGGGGCCGAGGAGCGGAGCCACAAGCUGCAGCAGGAGCUCGGCGGGAGGAUUGGCGCCCUGCAGCUGCAGCUCUCCCAGCUGCAUGAGCAAUGCUCAAGCCUAGAGAAAGAAUUGAAAUCAGAAAAAGAGCAAAGACAAGCUCUUCAGCGUGAAUUACAGCACGAGAAAGACACUUCCUCUCUACUCAGAACAGAGCUACAGCAAGUGGAAGGAUUGCAAAAGGAGUUGCAGGAGCUUCAGGACGAGAAGGCAGAGCUGCAGAAGAUCUGUGAGGAGCAGGAACAAGCCCUCCAGGAAAUGGGCCUGCACCUCAGCCAGUCCAAGCUGAAGAUGGAAGACAUAAAAGAAGUGAACCAGGCACUGAAGGGCCAUGCCUGGCUGAAAGAUGACGAAGCGACACACUGUAGGCAGUGUGAGAAGGAGUUCUCCAUUUCCCGGAGGAAGCACCACUGCCGGAACUGUGGCCACAUUUUCUGCAACACCUGCUCCAGCAACGAGCUGGCCCUGCCCUCCUACCCCAAGCCAGUGCGGGUGUGUGACAGUUGCCACACCCUGCUCCUGCAGCGCUGCUCCUCCACAGCCUCCUGAGCGUCCAUCCUUGGGAGCACAGCCUCAGAUAGUGCCAAACUCUGUGGGUCUCCAGGAGCUUGGGAAUUGUAUGCAUUCCCGAGAAUCAAAGGAAAGAAUCAAAUUCUUGCCUGGCCACUCCAGAAGAUAGCAUGCCGGAACCAGCAGCUCUCACCUUUCUGUGAUUUAUACAGAAUUAAUUCCUCUGGAUGGAAACUUCUAUCUUACUUGGUUAUAUCAUGGCUCUGGUUCAGAUAUAACUUCAUGACUUUGCUACUAUCACUUUUCAAAGAAUUUAACCUAUUUUGCAGUUCAGUUCUGCUAAGGAGUAAUCAAUUUUCCUCUCCCACUUCCCUUCUAAAAACCUGAUUGGUGCACGGUGUUUGACACACAUGGGGGGUCUUGGCAGUGUGCCUUCUCUGCUUCAGUCAAGAGAUCUGCCAUUUCAUGCCCUUGAGAAUACCUAUCAUUGGCCCUACAAUAAAAUCAUUUAUUUUUCA